AUGAUGCUCAGUAGCUCCGUGGAGGUGCCCAGCCCAGGCGGUAUGAGUGGCCUCAGCGGACUGAGCGCAGCGGCUCGGAACGUGGUGCGCUCUUCCAGCAUCUCGGGGGCCAUGUACAGCCUGGACAAAAGUCAGAGCAAUGGGGGUCCAGAUUCAGCAUCGUUGUCUGGCAACAAGAAACGGCGCUCCAGUCUGGGUGCCAAAAUGGUGGCCAUUGUGGGGUUGUCACAGUGGAGCAGAAGCACACAGCAGCUCAACCAGCAAGAUGGUGGAAUGAAGAAGCUCCGCAGCACCAUCCGACGGAGCACAGAGACCGGCAUCGCCGUGGAGAUGAGAAAUCGGGUGACACGGCAGGGCAGCAAGGACUCUACAGAUGGCAGCACCAACUCUAAUAGCUCUGAUGGAACGUUUGUCUUUCCUACCACACGCCUGGGACCAGAGAGCCAGUUCAGUGACUUUCUGGAUGGGCUUGGCCCCGCCCAGAUUGUAGGCCGGCAAACACUAGCCACGCCCCCCAUGGGGGAUGUCCAUGUAGGCAUGGUGGACCGUGGAGGACAGCUGGAGGUGGAAGUGAAUCAAGCCAGAAGGUUGACCCCAAAACCAGGCUCCAAAAACAUACCUGCCACCUAUGUGAAGGUAUAUGUCUUGGAAAAUGGAGUGUGCUUGGCCAAGAAUAAAACCAAAGUAGUGAAGAAGAGUUUGGACCCCACCUACCAGCAGGCUUUGUUGUUUGAUGAGAGUCCUCAGGGCAAAGUUCUACAAGUAAUAGUGUGGGGGGAUUACGGACGUAUGGACCACAAGUGCUUCAUGGGAAUGGCCCAGAUCCUCCUGGAGGACUUGGACCUGUCUGCCACAGUCAGCGGCUGGUACAAGCUGUUCCCUACCUCCUCCCUGGCAGACCCCAGCAUCGGACCCCUCACCAGACGCCUCUCCCAGUCCUCUCUGGAGAGUGCCACCAGCCCGUCAUGCACCUAGAUACCCAGCAGACACCCACAUGAGCAGGCACAAGCACACACAGUGUUUACACGACGACUCUCUAUAAAGCGCAACAACACACACAUCCUUCAGGAAGGCGUACCGCUCAUAUUUUCAUCCACCGAUUAACGCUAGCUGACAAAACGAGCAGCGAAAUCUAAAUCCACACAAAUAACCUGAACAUGUAGCACUUUUGUUUUCCACCCACACACGUCAGCAUUUCACCACACACCCGGUGCCACGCCCUGCAUCGUUCCGAGUCACCAGAUCCACGUGGCGCAUCUCAUCCCGAUGCCAGUUUCUAAACUCUCUAUGCCAAACUGAGAAAAAAAGCAAACUAUUUUUUAAAACCAAAGCAAUUGUUAUUGUUGUUAUUAUUACUAUAAGUAGUGGGUGAACUAGUACACAAUAUAAAGUAUGAAUAUGUAGCAGAGUCAUUGACUUAGAUGUAAUGCAAAAAAAAGAAGAAAUAAAUAAAAAUAAGACACAUUUUACACAAAUAAGCUCUAAAGGAUAAGUCAAACACACAAACCUGGCUAACAGGCACAAUAUUCACACAACGGCUGUUAUGUGAGGUAGCAACACUGCUAUAUAUACUUUUCACAGGGCAGAGUUUAUAUACCUGAAC